AUGUAUACAGCAUCCUUCGCUUUCUUCGAGGCGCUCUGGGAGGCCGGUGUCACCCAUGUGUUCGUCAACCUUGGGUCAGAUCACCCCUCGAUAAUGGAAGCGAUGGUGCAGGGACAAAGCCAGAAAGGCAGCCACUUCCCCAGAAUUGUUACGUGCCCAAACGAGAUGGUUGCUUUGUCCAUGGCGGAUGGGUAUGCAAGGCUGACCAACAAGCCUCAGUGCGUCAUUGUCCACGUUGACGUAGGCACGCAAGCCCUGGGCGCCGCUGUCCAUAACGCAUCUUGCGGCCGAUGUCCGGUCUUGAUUUUCGCCGGUCUCUCCCCCUAUACUCUCGAAGGCGAGUAUAGAGGGUCACGGACCGAGUUUAUCCACUGGCUACAAGACGUGCCAGACCAGAAGCAGAUCGUCAGCCAGUACUGUCGCUAUGCCGCCGAGAUUAAACGGGGCGCCAACGUCAAGCAGAUGGUUAAUCGGGCCUUGCAGUUUGCGACGAGUGAUCCACAGGGUCCGGUCUACCUGCUGGGCUCACGAGAAGCAAUGGAAGAAGACAUUAACCCCUACAGCUUGAAUCAGAGUUAUUGGAAUAGACUGACCCCAGCCAUACUUCCACAGGAUGCCGUCGAGCGUGUCGCGAAGUAUCUUGCCGAGGCUCAAGGCCCCCUCAUCGUUGUUGGAUAUACGGGACGCUAUGUCGAUGCCGUAACGGAGACAGUGAAGCUGGCAGACCUUGUGCCGGCGCUGUCGGUGCUCGACGCUGGCGGUAGUGACAUGAGCUUUCCUGCGGACCAUCCUGCGUCGCUUGGUGUUCGUACCGGCCGGCACGAGGCCAUCACAGCAGCAGACUUCAUUUUGGUUGUUGACUGCGACGUGCCUUGGGUGCCUACGCAGUGCAAGCCGAGAGACGACGCCAAGAUCAUCCAUAUUGAUGUCGACCCUUUGAAGCAGCAAAUGCCCCUGUUCUAUAUCAAUGCCUCGGACCGAUACAAGGCCGAUGCAGCUCUGUCCCUAAAGCUCAUCCGGGCUCAAGUUGCCGCCCACCACCGGCCAGGAGUCGGGAGCCAAUCGCAAUUCGAGAUGCGCAAGAGACAGCACAUGGAGCGCAUCGCGCAAGCCGACAAGCUUGCCGCAUUGCCAUCGAACCACAACACGGCCAUCAACGCCGCGCUGCUGGGUGCGCAACUUCGACAGUCCUGUCCAGAAGACACAAUUUACGUGGUCGAAGCCGUGACACUUACACAAGUUAUGGCCGAUCAGAUCCGGCCAGCGUUGCCCAAAUCGUGGAUCGGUUCCGGCGCCUCUGGCCUGGGUUGGUCCGGUGGCGCGGCACUGGGCGUCAAGCUGGCGACCGACUUCGAGCAAGGACCUGGCGCAGGCAGGUUCGUCUGUCAGGUUGUGGGUGACGGAUCGUUCAUGUUCAGCGUUCCAAGUUCGGUCUACUGGAUCGCCGCGCGUUACAAAAUUCCUAUCUUGACGAUUGUCCUGAACAACAAAGGCUGGAAUGCGCCGCGGAAGAGUCUCCUGCUUGUCCACCCGGACGGCCAAGGCUCGCGUGUCGAUAACAAAGCUCUGAACAUCAGUUUCGACCCGACCCCGGAUUACAGUGGGAUUGCCAAAGCCGCGGCUCAUGGCAACUGUUGGGCAGGGUGUGUCAAUUCCGUCGAGCAGCUGAUCAGGGAGCUACCGAAGGCUGUGGCGGUCGUCAGGGAAGGGAGCUCUGCUGUGCUGGAAGUGCAACUAGAUGUUGGCCGGGACGCUGUUUGGGCCACUGCCAAGAUAUAA